AUGUCGGCAUUAAUAGCAGUUUUACAAGUGAGGUUUGAUAGUGGGGUAUUACUGCUCAGCACACACAGACUAAUCUGGAGAGAUCAGAAGAAUCAUGAAUGCUGCAUUGCUAUUCCUCUGUCUCAGAUUGUCUUCAUUGAAGAGCAGGCAGCUGGGAUAGGCAAAAGUGCCAAAAUAGUAGUUCAUCUUCAUCCUGCUUCUUCAAACAAAGAGCCUGGUCCAUUCCAAAGCAGCAAAUAUUCCUACAUCAAACUUUCUUUCAAAGAACAUGGUCAGAUUGAGUUCUAUAGGCGGUUAUCAGAAGAAAUCACGCAUAGGAGAUGGGAGAACGUGCCUGCUGCUCAGACCAUGCAGGUCAACAAGAGCCCCCAGCUAAAGAGAAGGCAGCUGUUACAGGUACCCGUACGUGGACAGAGGCAGUUGGCUGUAUCUGUGAUCCUGAAUGAUGUAAUUACACUUAAUUGUAAUGUCUGCUUUUUGUUGCAGGCUUUCGAGGACCUUAGUAAACUAAUGGACAAGGCUAAGGAAAUGGUGGAGUUAUCCAAGUCAAUAGCUAAUAAAAUUAAAGAAAAACAAGGUGACAUCACUGAGGAUGAGACUGUUAGGUUCAAAUCCUAUCUGCUGAGUAUGGGAAUAGCUAAUCCAGUUACCAGGGAAACACAUGGAUCUGGGACACAUUACCAUAUGCAACUGGCAAAGCAACUUGCUGGAAUUCUGCAGACUCCAUUAGAGGAGCGAGGAGGGAUCAUGUCACUUACUGAGGUGUACUGCCUGGUAAAUCGGGCACGAGGACUAGAGUUGCUGUCACCGGAAGAUUUAGUAAAUGCUUGCAAGAUGUUGGAGUCGCUGAAACUUCCUCUGAGGCUUCGGAUAUUUGACAGUGGUGUGAUGGUGAUUGAGCUCCAGUCUCACAAUGAAGAGGAGAUGGUAGCUUCUGCUUUAGAGACAGUAUCUGAAAAGGGUUCUCUCACAGCUGAUGAGUUUGCUAAGCUUGUGGGGAUGUCCGUUCUCUUAGCCAAAGAAAGGCUGUUGCUAGCUGAGAAGAUGGGCCAUCUUUGCAGAGAUGAUUCGGUGGAAGGCUUGAGAUUCUACCCAAAUUUAUUUAUGACACAGAGCUAAUGUAGUUUGUGGACAUUUUUUAUGCAACAGUUGAGCACGAGAGCAGAGGGGAGAACCUUUUCAACAACUGAUUUUACUAAUUUUACUUUGUUAGUCAACUGCAACAGUGAUGAACAUUGUAAUGUUUUGCAGUUCUCAGGUAUUUCGGAUGCCGAAUGGUCUUAUGUGGAAGAGCAAAGAAAUAGGAAUCACUAAACCAGAAAUAUGUUACUAUCUCAGACUGGCUGGCUCACCUGUGUUAAGUUUUGUAUGAUAUGCUCUGUAAUUUCUCGCUUCAAGAGAAAUGAGGUGAAUACUGCACACAAGUGAAAGUGGAAAGAAUAUCCCUGUAGUCUGCCCUAAAAAUCAGCACCCAGAACAUAGGUUACUGCUUGCUCCUGUUACGGUUUAUUUACGUCUAGAGCAACAAAACAGACAGAU